AUGGAAAAUAGAAAUAAAGUGGCACCGCUGUUGGACCUUGAUGUUCCUAGUUUGAUAUCAGUAGAGUAUCCCUUGAGGGUAAAAGAUACUAAUAAGGCAAUUGACUUAAUUGGAGGCACAGAAAAGUUAAAGAAAUGCUUUAUUGAACCAGAUAUGAAACUGGAAUUGAGAUUGAGGCCCAACGAUCCAUUUUCACAUCCUAUACGCUCUAACGUAGUUAAGAAUUCCAGCAAUGUUCUAAUAAACUUCAGACUCCCCAAGAGAGUGCUAGCAAAAUGUGGUGGAGAUGUUAGGAAAAGUAUUGAGUAUUGUGAGAACGAAGGUAUUCGGUAUACUAUCAAACCAGUCGGUGUUUUAAGGCAGAAUUACAAAUUCAGAGAACUAGCUGAUUUCCAAAGAAUAAACAAAGACUCUAACUUUUCUAAAACAUUUGACGAAUCCAUAAGGAAUGGGAAUUUUGAGAAAAUUGCUGAGUUUAGCAAUGAGCUAAUGUCUAGUAUGGAUGCCUUGCAAAAGUUUGAGGAUGGAGAUUUGGAUAUCCCACCGUUGGUCAGGUAUGCCCGUACAGAUGUGUCUCAUAACUACAGAUACCAUGGAAAAUUACUAUUAGACGAACAAGGUGAAUGGUUGAAUAAAUCAGUUAAGUUGUACACAAUUAUCGUUAAAUUUGGGGCACAAGUACCGACUGAACAUGAUCCAGCAUUGGCAAAGGAACGAGAACGGGUGGAGAAGGAAAUUGAGGAAAUGAGAGAGGAUGGAACUCCGGAGAGGAUGAUCCAUGACUCACCCUCAUACAUACUAUUAGAGUGUAUCAAAAUCUUGAAAAAAUUAUUCGAUAUGAAACCUGUUUGGAUUCGUAGACAUAUUUACUGGUUGCUGCCAAAGAAAUAUCGACCACAAUUGAAAUUUGCAUUACCAUUUGUAUCAUUCACAUAUUCUAAAGGGCCAUGGAGACAUUCAUUCGUUAAGUUUGGAUAUGAUCCAACUAAAGAUCCGAACUCAUAUAAAUAUCAAAUUGAGGCAUUUAGGAGUAGUUCCAAGGUCAACCAUGAUGUGGAGAUUGAAAAAGUCAUUGAGAAUGAUGAAGACAUCUAUAUAUUGCCGCCUACGUUGUAUGACUAUAUCGAUGAAUUUGCCAAUCCAGAUAGUGAAAUUAACAAGUUACGGAUUGGUAAGAUUCCAAGACAGAUCUUUUUUGACGGGAAAACUGCAUGUAAUUCUCUAAGUUUUCAAAUUGGUGAUAUUUUGGAUGAUGAAGUCAAAAAAAUACUUGAAAAUCUCAAGCUUGAGCCUGUUUGUAAUAUUGAGACAGGAUGGAUAGAUUUUACAACCUUGUACAGGGUGAAAAAUGUCAUCAAAUAUAAGCUAAGGUGUAUCAGGGACGGGACUGUCAUCAGCGAAGAUAGAGUGCAUGAAUUAAUGAACCGGACAAAAGCAGGCAGUAAGGGCGGCGAAGCUAGUGAGGAGAGCGAAGGUGGUGAUGAUGUUGAUGAUGACGAUUACGAUAACGAUGAUGGUGAUGAUGAUGACCCUGUUUCUGAUCCUGCUGAUGAUAAUGGUAGUGAGGAAAUUGGUGAUGAUGAAAACGACAAUAUGAUUAAGCAGCGUGACAGCAACGGAGGUACUAGGAAAGAUGGGUUAAAUAAUUCGGCGAGUACAAACAAGAGAGAUAAGGCCAUUCCGAAAGAAAACGGUAAUAGCAAUGGUAACGACGACAGGGAGUCUCUACGUGGAGUCAAGUUUCGUGAGAACAUGUUGAAAAGCUGUGGAGACGAUCUUCUGGAUCGGCUCCAACGCCUCAACCCGAAAAGCGUCAACCUCAUCACUGAGAUCGACGAACUCGUCAAGCAAGAGAAUGUUAUGGGUGAUCUGUUACAGAAUCCUGCUUUAAAAGAGUAG